ACCUCCCGAGACAUCUAACCUAAUUAAGCUGAGACAUUUAAUUGCUUUCUAUUCACCACCUCUGCAACUUAGCAAACUCACUAGCCUUCAAGUUCUUAAAUACAUUUGUUGUGAUCAGUGGAAAGAUUUUGACCCUGUUGAUUUAGUCAAUCUUGGAGAAUUAGACAUGCGUAAUAUUAAGAAAUCUUACUCCUUGAAUAACAUUAGCAGCUUGAAAAACCUUAGCACUCUCAUAUUGGGUUGUGCAAGUGGUGAAUCAUUCCCAGCCCUUGAAUAUCUUACUACUUGUCAAAAUCUACACGAAUUGUGGUUAGAUGGGAGAAUAGAAAUACUGCCUCAGUUUCCAAAUUCCAUCACAAUGGUGGUCCUUUUGUAUUCGAAACUCAUGGAAGAUCCUAUGCCUAUGCUGGGAAUGUUGCCAAACCUAAGGAAUCUCGAUCUAGUGGAAGCUUAUGAAGGAAAAGAAAUAACUUGCAAAGGUUACAGCUUUAGUCAACUGGAGUUCCUUCGUCUUGAUAGUCUUUGGAACCUAGAAAGAUGGCAUUUAGCCACAAAUGCUAUGCCUCUGAUUAAAGGCUUUGGUAUCCAUGACUGUCCAAAGCUCAAGGAGAUUCCCAAGAGAAUGAAAGACGUUGCUAUCCUGGAGAGGUUGAAGUCAAUUCCUGUUGAGCUUUGGAUUUAGGUGAAACAGGAGAAGCAGCUAUUAAUGGAUUUUAGAUUCGGAAUUUUUGCCAAGUACUUUGACACAUUCGCAGUUGGAUUUUAGAAGUACUAAUCGAAGUUGUCUAUACAGAGUAUUUCAGCACUGUCAAUGAGAGCUUAUCUCAACUUUCAGUGUUCUCUGUUUAGUUUCUUUUUGAAUGUUUGAAAUUGGUUUGAAGACAAUUGUUUUUGGGAUUAUACUCGAAAAAUUAUUUUCUAUUGUUUUAAUUGUUCAACUGUUAUCUUGCUUAUCCACAUAUAAGGCAAGGCUUUCUGUAAUAUGUUUCAGCAUCUGUAUAAACAUUUCAGCAUUUCUGAACA